GAGCUUCACUUGAUCCCCAUGUUCUUUCCGACGUGCGUGCUUCUGGCACGUUUGUUUUACGCGGUGCCUGCUCGUCGAUCUUGUUUGGCUGAGGUUGGUCGAGUAGAAGCGAUGCCUGCUCAGAUGCAAAUGCUCUUUACCCAGCACGCUAGCACCCAUCCCCCGCUGCAAGCCAUUGCGCAGUCCGACACAAUUCGGCACGUCAUGUUGUUGCGACCCUUCUGCUUCUCCAACCAAAGCCACCGCAAUUUCAUGCCCAAUCCCAAUCCCACCAGACGCGCAUUGCAAUCAUAA